AUAUAAUAUAUAAACUAAACUGAAGGUUGCCAGAAAGUGCCACAAGGGAUGGUGGUUGUGCAGGGCACCACCGCCCACCGCCAGUACCACCGCCACUCCUACACGAACAACACCCACCAUCAUGGCACCAGUCCUUGGCUACUGGGCCCUCCGCGGGCUGGCGCAGCCCAUCCGGCUGGCGCUGGAGUAUACUGGAGAGGCUUACGAGGAGAAGCUCUACAACUUCGGCUCACCGGAUCACGACAGGUCUGAAUGGCUCGACGAAAAGUUCAAAUUAGGACUCGAUCUUCCCAACCUGCCAUACUACAUUGACGGAGAUGUGAAGAUCACUCAGAGCAACGCCAUCCUCCGCUACAUCGGGCGCAAGCACGACCUGUGCGGCAAGACAGAGCAGGAGAGGAUACGGGUCGACGUGCUGGAGAACCAGGCUAUGGAUUACCGUAUGGCAUAUUAUCAACUCGCCUACGGCAAUUACAACACACACAAGGAGCAGUACCUGAAGGACCUGGCAACUAAAUUGAAGACACUUUCUGACCUCCUGGGCGACCAAAAAUGGUUCGUGGGAGACCAGAUCACCAUCUCAGAUUUUGUACUGUACGAGUUGCUGGACGUCCACCUCCAGCUGCACGAUGUCUGCCUCGCCGACGCCAAGAACCUUCAGCAGUUUAUGAAACGUUUUGAAGCCCUUCCGGCCAUCAAGACUUACAUGGCGUCUCCCAGGUUCAUGAAGGCGCCCCUCAAUGGGCCCCAAGCCUUAGUGGGCAACAAGUAAAUCAUUUGGUUUGUGGAAGACUUAUGUCAGCAGGUUAAUUGUACUGUUAAAAAAAACUUAACGCUGAGCAGUGUGAGGUAGCCCAAUAUUUCCAGCAGCCUUUCAUAUCUAAACCUAAUUUGAACAGCCAAGUUUGUAGAAUUUUGUUUUAUUUGUGCUGAAUUUUAAAUAAAACUAAAAUCAAAAUU